GUCAAACAUGACGAUGCGCCACGAUAGACCGAAAGCGUGAGCAAUGAUAAUUACAACUAUAACAAUAGUCUACAGAGACAUGGGCUUGUGCAUCAUGGUCCAGUCUGAAUGAAGCCAAAUGGUGGAUCUUGAUUGCUGGCAUGCUGCAACAUCAUGUAUGCGCGCUCAAAGUACCACCCUUGUCGCAUCGCAACUUCACUCCUACAACCAAACCCUCUACAGUAUCCUAGCUCGAUGUAGCCGUCAUGUACCACCUCGCCAAAGGCCUGUAUCUCUAUGCGACCAGCAAGCACGAAUACUCCGUCAUCCUGCUCGGCCUCGACAAUGCCGGCAAGACCACAUUCCACGAGCAAGUCAAGUCUCUCUUUCGCGGGCCCGACGCACCCCCUCCGAACCUGCGCACCGUCCCAACCGUGGGCCAGAAUGUAUCUACCAUUACACUGCCGGACAUGUACCUGAAGCUAUGGGACGUGGGUGGGCAGAUGUCGUUGCGCAACCUCUGGCAGAGCUACUACUCGAGCUGCCACGCGAUCGUCUUCAUCAUCGACUCGACAGACGUCGGAGACGGCAACAUUGAGAGUGGCGAAGGGCGACUGGACGAGUGCAGAGCGGUCCUGGAAGAUGUCCUGCAGCACUCGGAUACAGAGGGCGUCCCACUCCUCAUAUUGGCGAACAAGCAAGACAGGGAAGACUGCGUGGAAACAAUACGGAUCAAGGAAGGUCUCGUGAAGAAGGUCAUGGAGGGAGAGAAAGGCGCCAGCAUUCGCGACUCGAGGGUUCUCAGCAUGAGUGCGCUGACAGGCGACGGCGUCAAAGAGGCCAUAGAGUGGGUGCGGACAAGAGUCCAGUGGAAUAAAGAAUCACGACCGCCUGUGAUGCGGUGAUACGGCCAGGAUACGUUCUCUUUCCUCACGCGCGUUAUUGUGGAAG